AUGCAAUCUCUCACUUCACUGCUCCUCCUCCUACUGCUCAGUAUCACUGCUCUCGCCACAUCCUUCCAUCUUCGGCAAGAGGAUGAGGCGGAGUUAAUGGAUCUCGCCAAAUCGGCGUCAACUGACUUGCUGGACGAGGGCGCCGAGGAGGAGAAGGUGUUGGCACCUGCACGAAUUCCGGUGAAACCGAUAGUGCGAGGUGCCUGGGAGUUGGCGAAGAGGCAUGGACCGAGAAUUGUGAACGGUGCCAAGCGCGCCAUUGGUGCCGGUAUGCGAAAAGCGAAGGCGGUUGGUGGGAAGAUUGUGCGGGGUGCGAAGAGGGCGGGCAAGGCAGUGUGGGAGAGACUGAGCGUUCCGGUGGAAUGGCCCUUCGAUGAUGACGACGACUGA